AUGGCUGGCCCUUCCCCGUCACCGCAUAAACCUCGUCGCAGGACCACCAAAAAAUCUGGCAAUGGCAGCGGUACCGAUGUUGUUAAGGAGAAGACCCCUCGUGCAGAAGCCCUUGUAAGGGCGCCCGCGUUCCCUCUUGCGGCCUUUCUUUGGCCUGCGCGCACUUCUCUGUCGCAAUGGGAGGUUCUACCUGUGAUCCUCAUGGUUGUCGGUCUUUUUAGAUGGGCUGCUGGUCUGUGGGGAUACUCUGGUUUCCGCAAACCUCCUAUGUUCGGCGACUACGAGGCCCAGCGACACUGGAUGGAGGUCACAACUCAACUACCCAUCUCGCAAUGGUAUUUCCACGAUCUCCAGUGGUGGGGUCUCGACUACCCUCCUCUUACGGCCUACCAUAGCUGGGUCUUGGGGAAGCUAGGAUCUUACAUUGGCCCUUCGUGGUUUGCGCUUUACGCCUCGCGAGGAAACCAGGAUCCCGACUUGAAGAUAUUCAUGAGAGCGACUGUUAUUGUGUCGGAGUAUCUGAUCUACAUUCCGGCGACGAUUGUCUUUGUGCGACGAUACAGCAGACUGCAAGGGGUGACCAACUGGACUGCAUGGCUUGCACUUGUCGCAAUUCUGAUGCAGCCUGGCACAAUUCUUAUCGAUCAUGUUCACUUCCAGUACAACACCGUCAUGCUCGGAUUAGUCAUGGCGAGCAUGUCAAGUAUGCUGGCUGAACGAUACAAGUGGGCUGCCGUCUUCUUUGUUGGCGCAUUGGGUUUCAAGCAGAUGGCGCUGUACUAUGCUUUCAGCGUCUUCUCCUACCUCCUUGGACGAUGUGUUUUCCCCCGACUCGAUCUUACAAGACUUUUCGGCAUUGCGCUUGUCACCGCUGUCUCUUUCGCCAUCCUUAUUCUACCUCUGAUUCUCGGCACUUUCUACGACAAAACCCAGGGUAUUGACGCACACGGCGGCUCUAAGGACUCUCCUUCGCUUCCUCUCCUUCCUCAACUUGUAGAUAUCCUCGACACGGAUGCCUUUUAUUGGCCAUACGUGGAACAAUUGGUUCAGAUGGUCCAUCGUGUCUUCCCCUUCGCUCGCGGCUUGUUCGAGGAUAAGGUUGCCAAUUUUUGGUGCGCUGCCAACGUUGUCGUCAAGCUUCGACAAUGGCCGACACCCGUUCUCCAGAAGAUGGCUCUUGGUGCAACACUCGCUUCUAUCAUCCCGCCUAACGUUAUCUUGUUCUUGCGACCUCGAAAGACAACCUUGCCUCUGGCUUUUGCUGCCACGGCUUGGGGAUUCUUUUUGUUCAGCUUCCAAGUUCAUGAAAAGAGCGUCCUACUCCCCUUAAUGCCCAUGACCUUACUAUUGGCUGGAAAGCAAGGUCUGAACAAGGACACUCGAGCUUGGGUAGGCUUUGCCAACCUCCUGGGAGUCUGGACUAUGUUCCCUUUGCUCAAGCGCGUUGACUUAAAGAUCCCUUAUGCAAUCAUGUCUCUUCUCUGGUCUUACCUACUUGGCCUUCCGCCGACUUCCCUCAGUGCUUACUUCCAAGAAGGCCAAGCUGCCUGGCUUCAGUGGGGCACAGCGCUUCUGCACUGGCUAUUCUAUUUGGCCAUGGGUGCUUGGCAUGUCCUUGAUGCCUUUGCGCCUCCUCCUGCUGACAAGCCGGAUCUCUGGGUCGUGGCGAAUGUCGGUAUCGGCGCUGCUGGAUUCAUCAUCUGCUACUUGUGGUGCUUCUUCAAGCUCCUUCAAGAGAGUGAUUUGCUACCCGGAGGCUCGCUAAAGAGUUCCGGCAGAAAGAAUAAGACCUUAUAG